AUGUCCAGCUCCAAAUACUCUGAUCGGAACGACAAAGGCAAAGGAAAAGAAAAAGCGAAAAAAGAAUACGACUCUGAAGACUAUGACGACGACUACGACUACGACUACGACCUCCCCGACAAAUCGCAUCUCUACGAGAAAAUGCACGAGGGUUACACUACCAAAGCCAUGAUGUCAAAGCACAUGGGCUCAGAUAUCUAUCCAGCCCGACAUGCCUCGUUCAACGACCACGGUAACGCUCAGAUCACCCGCUCCAAUACCCGUGACGACGGCGACGACAAAUGGCAUGCUGACCUGCCGCGAAGAAACGAAGUCUCGAGAGAGAACUAUAACAAUUUCAAUAAGGAGCUGCCGAAACACAAGAUCCAGCCGAGAGACUUUGCUUAUGUCGAGUCCAGUAGCAAACAUUGGAAGUCGCCUGAGUUGGGGAGGGAUCAUUCGGUUACGAGUUCGACGCUGAGGAGAACGAUUGAUAAGUAUCCUAAGGAGGAGCGUCGUCGUUGA